UACCGCGUCACCUUCUCGGCGCGUGGGGGCGGCGUCGACUGGGCGUGCUCCAAGCGCCUCCUCUUUGGCUCCCUGCUCGCCCUCUCGUCGGACGGCUUCGCCACCAUCCUGUGGGCCACCGUCGCGCACCGCAGCCUCGACCUGCUGCGCGCCGCCGACGGGCCGCGGCUUGACGUGUCCCUCUCCGAGGCGCAGCACCGCUCCUUCCAGCUCGCCCAGUCGCGCGGCGCGCGCUUCCAGAUGCUCGAGUCGCCAGUCUUCUUCGACGCGACGCGCCACACGCUCACCGCCCUCCAGCGCAUCUCCGCCGAGCGGCUGCCCUUCUCGCAGACGCUGCUGGCUUGCGCACCGGUGCCGGUGGUGGAGCCGCCAAAGUACCUCUCCGCCAGCGCCGACGCGGAUGCGUGGGAGAUGGGAGGGGUCUUCCCCUCCCUCCCCGGCCGCGGCACGCUCCACCUGCUGCAGCCGUGGCCGCGUUCGCUCUCGCAGGGCGGGCAGGGCGGCGGGCAGGGCGGCGGGCAGGGCGGCGGGCGGGCGGCGGCGCCGGCGCUCGACGCGGAGCAGCUGGACGCGCUGCGCGCGUGCCUCACCCGCGAGGUCUCGCUGGUGCGCGGCGGGCCUGGCACCGGCAAGUCGAUGCUGGUCCGGCUGGCGCUGCGCGCGCUGCUCGCCAACGGCGGCCGGCAGCGCAAGCGCGCGGAGCCGCGGCCGGUGCUCGUGGUGUGCGCGACGGACGUGGCGCUGGACGCGCUGCUCGAGGGGCUGCUGGCGGCGCUGCCGAGCGAGGCGGCGUCCGCCCCGUCGCUCGUGCGCGUGGGCGGCCCGUGCCGCAAGGAGUCGCUACGGCCGCACUCGCUGCGGCAGCGCGUGCUCUCCGAGCGCGAGCGGGACGAGGGGCACGCGCGCGCGUGGAAGGCCCUCUCCAAGCAGCAGCGCGAGCUGCGCGAGCGCGCGGACGGGCUGGUCGCGCGGCUGCUGCGCGAGGCCGAGCCGACGGCCGACGACCUCGACGAGGCGCGUGCGUGCUCGACGGCGCAGAUCAUGUCGCUCUGCUCGGACGCGCCGGGCGGGUGGCACGACAUCGAGGAGGCCCUCUCCCUCUGGCUCGAGCCGGCGGAUUGGGCGGCGGUGACGCGGGUCGAGUUCACCGACAGCGGCGUCGGCGAGGCGGAGCUGUGGGAGGCGGAGCUGCAGGCGGGCGGGGCGGGCGAGGGUGUGCUGCUCGCUGCGGAGGAGGAGCGGCUCGUCGAGGACACUUGCCGCCUCGAUGCCGAGGGAGAGCACGCGCUCGCGGAGGAGGACGAGCUGUGGGGGCUCGACCCGACCGCGCGCGAGCAGCUGUGCCGCCUCUGGAUGGCCAAGCUGCAAGAGCCGCUGCACGCCGAGCUCGCGCAGCUGUACGAGAAGCUCGUCAAGGACAAGUCUCACCUCGAGCGGUCGCUGCAGCACGACGUGCUCGGCAAGGCGGCGCUCGUCGGCAUCACCGCACCCGCGCUCGGCACUGCCCGCCUCGCUGCCGCGCGCGCUCCACGACUCGUCGGGCACGCUCCCGGCUCACCCGCGCAUGCCCGUUGCUGGAAUCAGGCAAGCUGGCCUCGCUGGAUCCCCCUCUUCCGCGGCGCGUCGCGGCUGUGGGAGGACGUCGCGGCGCGGCUGGACCAGCAGAGGCGCGCCGGCUCGGAGCAGGGCGCCGUCGGCGACUGGCUCGCCCUCUCCGCCACACGCAGCGACACGGGCCGCCCCGCCCUUGCGCGCUCGGCCGCCGACUUUGAGGGCGUGGCUGGGAACUGA